AUGGACGCUGCUCACUGGACACAGAUAAUCGACAACGAUCCGCUUGCGAAGGACGUUGCAUCCAUCUCAGAGUACCGCAAGCUGAAGGAAGAACGAGGAAAACCUCCCGAGGUCAAGUGGCACCAAAAGUUCUCAGGCGCAGAGGGUUCCUGGUCGGCGGUGCGGAGGCAGGAGCCCAUCUCGACGCAAUCUGUGCUAUCCGAGCCCGUAACCGCUACCCGAAACAUCAUCCUGACCGGGCAAAACCUCAUUGUUCCAACGCUCGUGGCCUGGCCAGAUAACGAGAUCCCGGCAGAUUGGCGUGCCCGGCUCGCGUCACACACGGAAUGUGCCGAUGCGCCUCUUCUCAAUACGAAAUUGGACGAGAAGUUCAUCGACGCACUUGUUAUACCAGCAGAUGAGCGACGGAACGGAGAGAACUUCCCCGUAUGGGCGUCUCACGAGGGACUGCCGCCUGCCUACCUGCCAAUGGAUGAAUGUGAUCCGAUCAGGGAUCAUGGGUUUCUCUACGCAGAAUUACUUCAGCAAGCCGGUGUGCUGACGAGGACUGAUUACUACAAGGGCUUGCCCAACAUGUUUGUGCAGUUUCCGGAAUUGCCGAAGACACCACAAGCAGGGAUUAAUUUGUCGGCAGCGAUUGGCUGGCUACUCCAAGAACGCAAGUAG